AUGAAGCAAAAACUUGUAAAUUGUAUCAAAGAUUUUCUUAAAGCCAUCAUAGGGGAAAACGAAAAUGUGUGGCAGUAUUUGGAAAGUUAUGUUAUGUCAGAAACAAGUCUUCCUGCAGAACAAGUGGGAAAUGCCAUUAAUAAAUUUGUUGAUAAUUUGAAUGAAAUAAAUGUGACAUUGAAGAAUAAUUCUGAUACAGUUUCUUCUACUCAAAAGAAUAUCAAAGGUAUUUCUUCAAAACCAUCCACAAAUGCUGAGAAUAGAGAAAGUUCUGUUGCUGCUGCUACUAAGAAUGAUGCACCAUUGUUGCUGUCUACUGAAACUGUUAAAGAUUCUUCACCAGACAAGAGCACUUUGCAAAAUGGACCAUCAGUUUCAGCUACCAAUAAGAAUUUGGUACAAAUUGUUGCCAACAAAUCUGAAAUUGAACGACGGAUAGCUUCUUUCAUAGAAUGCAAGCGUAUGGAUGUUGACGAAGAAAACAGAAGAGAGUUUUGCUCUGAUCUUUACCCAGAACAUGGUGAUGGUGAUCAAUGUGCCCGCACCAGCGCCGUAUUCGUUGCUCGUUCAGGUGGUCGAAGUCAUGUUGCUGUGUCUCGAGUGGUAAAUGCUAAUGGUCCUCAGUUGCGGGUUCUGAGUUGUACACCUUCGAUGACAAAACUGCCUGAUGUAAAAUGUGAGCCUGGUUCUAUGAUGCACAAUUAUCACCUGAAUGUUGCAGGAGAAGUUCCUAUCAAGCAGGAACCAAAAGACAUACCUUCUGGAAUUGAAGAAAGGCUGAAAAAUAUGGAAGCCCAUCUCAAAAUAUCUCCUGACUCUAUUUCAAACAAGUCAGAAAUCUUUGAGAGGCUAAAGGCUCUUGAGAAAAGAAUUUUGUUUCUGGAAAGCAUAUCUCCUGAAUAUUUCAAUAUCCAGUUGCAAUCUUCCAAUUUAAAGAAAAGGAAAAUCCUGCCAAGUCCAUGUAAAACAACUGAUACUACAAAUAAGGAUUUGAGUUUGGUUGAAAUUGAUGAAAGAAUAAACCGGCUUCGAAACAUUUUGAAGAAAAAACAGCAGAAUUUAGAUGACACUUGA